AUGAAGAAGAAUAAGUGGCAAACCUCUUUAUUCUCUUUGAUUGUAGUGAGCUUUUUGGUUUUGAUAGUCAAUGCUGCUUCUGAAAAUGAAAAUCACACUGUAACUGCUACAAAGCAUCAUAGUCAUCACGAGAAGCACCACACAACAAAGACCGUCAGAAACUGUUCUUUAGCUUCAAUUCAGAAUAAGCGCUUAAGUCGAUGGAGAUCACAUCAUCAUAGAACUCCCCGUCUUCAUACUGUCUAUGUAUGUCAUACUACGAAGCAUUCGACUCAUACGAAGCAUCAUUCGGUUCAUAAAGGAAGUGCACAUAGAAAGUAUAGCCAUAAGACAAAGCAUGUCAGUAAGAAGCACACUUCCAAAGGACAUUCCAGCAAGAAGCACGCUGUGAAGAAGCAUUUCUCUAAAGGACAUUCUAGCAAGAAGCAUGCUUCUAAGAGAUAUACUUCCAAGAAGGAUAUCUCCAUGAAGCAUACCUCUAAGAAACACACCUCCAAGAAGCACACCUCCAAGAAGCAUGCUUCAAAGAAGCAUAGCAUCAAAGAACACCAUUCAAAGAAACACACUGCUACCACUCACCACACCACCACCCACCACACUCAAUUGAGAGAGUACACUGCCCCCACAGCUACUACAACUGUUGCCGCCACCUCUUCUUCCGUCUCUAUAAUUCUCGCCACUACUACCCCUACUACCAUAGAUGUAGCACUUGAUUUCCUAACAAAAUCUGUACAGUCUGCCAGCUUCACACUUACCGCUGUCCCUUUCGCUUCAACAACGUCCAUUCCUUUGAAUGGCAGUAACAAUAAUACUAGUAUUGUCGCUAUUGGCAGUAGCUCUAAUAGUACUACCACAGGUAGUAACUCUAAUAGUACUACCACAAGUAGUAACUCUAAUAGUACUACCACAAGUAGUAACUCUAAUAGUACUACCACAAGUAGUAACAAUAACACUGACACUACUGCUAUCCAAUCUGGCGCCACCAUCACUGAUACUGGUGCCAAUCAAUCUAGCACCUCAGUUACCUCGGACACUACCAAUGGUCAAUCCAAAGACACUGCUUCCAAUGACAAUAAUAACGAGUCCUCAAUCAGCGACAACAGUGAUAGUAUCUCUCCUCUUUCUAAUAGCAACGACAGCAAUGCCGAAAAUGACAACUACGAUACUACCGGAAAUAGUGACAGUAACACUGAGGACAACGACAACGACAACGGCAACGAUUCGUCAGGCGAUAGUGACACUGCAGAUAGCAGUGAAUCAACAGCUACCAGCAAUGGUGCUAACACAGCAAACAUUGUCAUUGGCCAGCCAAGCUCCUCUUCCAACAGUAACACUGUCUCUGCUCAGGAUGUUCAAAAUGGACAAGCCAUUGAAGCGACUGCCCAAAGCAAGAUCAUCGGUAUUUCUGUAGGUGCUGUUGUUGGCUGUUUAGCAGCAGCUGGUUUAGCUGGCAUGUUCAUUUAUAGACGCCAUCAAAAGAACCACUCUGAACAAAACGUAGAAGAAAUGGAUUCUCAAUCUGAAGUCAAUACUCGUUACCGUACACAGUCUUUCAUGGCUGUUGUUGCUGGAGCUGUUGCUAAACUUCCGGUUCGUAGUGAUUCUUCUAGUUCAAAGAAAUCCGUGGGUGUUUUGGGCAGCAUUCGUCGAGCUGCAAGCAAUGCCUCUCGUUCUUUGUCAAGAUCAAACUCUAAUUCAAGUGCACAAAGUUAUGGUAUUGCUUAUUCAGGUCCUCCUCCUAUUGCUCGAAUUGACGGAGAUCAGUACUAUAACGAAUCUGCCAACCCUGCACAUGGGCCAGGACAUACACAUGCUUAUUAG